AUGCCCGUCCUGAAUCCCGAUGGAUAUGAGUACAGUCACGAUUACGAUCGGCUCUGGAAGAAAUCACGCUCCCAGCAUAUGGCCCGAGCGCCAGGCGGACUCCUCGACUCGGCCAUGACAUGGCUGCAACAGAAACGCGACCCGGACAAGGUAGGCCACCGCGUCGAUCUUGACCGGAACUGGCUGUACCACUGGGGCAAGCGGGGCAGCUCCAAAGCGCCGUGCAAUGAGUUCUGUGCGGGGCCCGCCCCCUUCUCGGAACCAGAGACGAAGGCCGUCUCCGACUUUCUCAUGGAUCAACGCACACAGAUAAAGCUCUACAUCUCCCUGCAGGCGUAUGGCCAAGUGGUUUCGUAUACGGUUAAGGCCAAUUCCACAUUCAAUUCGGAGCUCUUGGAUGACUUCCUCGACGUGGCCAUGGUGGGCACCGAUGGCCUGCGAAAGAAGGGCAGCAAGUGGCGCUACAAAGUGGAUGCCUCCAACGAUCUGAUUGAGCAGCGCUCUGGUUGCGCCGACGCCUUUGCCGCCUACGAUAUCGGCAUACCCUUCAGCUAUACGAUCCAGCUGGCGGAUAAUGGGGUCCAUGGCUACCUGCUGCCCAGCAGCGCCAUUGAGCCGACAGCUCGGGAUGCCUUUGAGAUCGUCAGCGGGAUGCUGGACUAUAUUUAA